GUUAAUAAAUUAUGUUGAGCAUGAACGACCUGGUUGAUUUGCAAUUCCAGCAACAUCUGUACCGGCAGCAGAUUAUGCAGCGUAUACCCGAUCCCUUUCCUCCCAUGCUGCCAUUCCAUAUGUCACAUCAUAUAAUUGUUCCUCAACGCCCUACUUUGCCCGGUGUGGAGGCCAAAUUGGAAAACAACGAACUCUGGACACAGUUCCACAAAAUUGGCACGGAAAUGAUCAUUACAAAGAGCGGAAGGCGAAUGUUCCCAUCAAUGCGCAUUUCGGUGUCUGGGCUUGAGGAUGAUUCUAAUUAUUGUGUUUUGCUCGAGAUGGUUCCCAUCGGCGACUGUCGGUACAAGUUUUCUGGCUCUCAUUGGAUUCCCGCUGGUGGAGCUGAACCGCAGAGCCCCCAGCGAAUGUUUCUGCAUCCAGAUAGUCCAGCCACUGGUGCUCAUUGGCAGUCGCAGGCUAUCAUUUUCAACAAAGUCAAACUCACCAACAAUACACUGGACAAUAACGGACAUAUUGUGCUCGCCAGUAUGCAUAAGUAUCAGUCCCGGUUACACAUCAUUCGCACUUCGGACCUUACACAGCUACCAUGGGCCCCGCAGCAGGCUUUCGUUUUUCCAGAAACGGAAUUCGUGGCAGUAACCGCUUACCAGAAUGACCGCAUUACAAAGCUGAAAAUUGACAACAACCCCUUUGCCAAGGGAUUUCGUGAAACUGGUCAAUCGCGCUGCAAACGUAAGUUAAGCCCAUUGAACGACGAGGAGCAGGAUACCUUCGAUAAUCCUCCUAGUCCUAGUAAGAGCUCGCUUGUAUCCAACGAAGAUGACCGUAUCAGCGUAGUAAGUGGACUAAUGGAUUCGCUACCAGCAAAGCGUGUUCACUCGAAUGGCUCGUGUGAUGACGAAAGUAACAUGCAUUCGAUUAGCUCUCGCAUAUGUGGAAGUCUCUCGCCGUACUAUGAUGAACCUAUGUACUCGGCCAUGGUAAUGUACCAGCACGAGCACCUACAACCGCAGCUUUUAAGCCCUUCGCCAUUAGAUAUAGCGGCGGCCACAUAUUUUGCCACCACAGCGAAUAUUAGUCCCCCCGUAUCACCAGAAAGUGGAAUGCAACCAUUGCUGAUGCAGCUACCACUGCAUCGACUUCCACAAAGGCAUUUGCCGCCUUCGCAAUUGCCACCGCACCUGCAUCGUCAGCUAGCCACCACGUCUCCAGCCAAUACAACGGGGGCACCUAAGGCUGUUCUGCCGCCCUUCGUUGAAGAGCAAAGUGUCGUUGAUUCAGCUGCAAUUGUUUCCGAAGUCGCCAGACCACUCAACGAAACUGAAGCGGGACCCAAGCCUGCGAAACGCAAUAAUUUUAGUAUUUCAGCAAUUUUGGCCUUCUGAAUAAAUGUGGGCUUAUCCCAGUUAUCGAAGCGCA